AUGCUGACUGGAGUCGUGAGGCAGUUAAGCGAUCGAGAAGUGGAGGCUUUACAGACUCACCAAGUCCCAAAACAAAAUUCGUCAGAGGAUGUUACGACAGCCCUGAAAAAUCUGACAGAAGAAGAGGCGGCCUCGAAAUCAGCUGCAGAGUUAGGAAGAACAGGAACGUAUACUUUCAGUGGGGCAAGCUGGGCCACUGGCGGAGAUAUUGACCAAAAGGAUACAGCAAACACUGUAACUAUAAACAAACCGGUCCCAGUCCCGAGAAUAGCAGAAAUUUUAGCCAACUACAAAGCGCGAAAGUGUUUUCAGUUGUGGAUUUACGUCCCCGAUAUUGGCAAGUACCAAUAA